AAGAAUAAAUGGGGUUUUGCGUGCCAGACAUAUUAACUGUGGAGAAAGGGUUUUUCACAUUUUGUAUGGUGAAUGGUAAUGAUGAAAGAGCACCUCGUGGGACAAUUCAAACUUAUACGGCUGUUCUUGUUGGCGAUCUAUUCUAUCCUUAUCUUCAUUUUCCUACCAAUUUUUUUCUAUAUGUCUCUCCUUUUCCACGUGUUAAGUAACAUUUAAAUCCAACGACGUAGUAGUCAAAUAUGCAUUUAGAUCUAUGAUUGCCUGUUAACAUUCGGACCAUCCGUAGACACAAAGCUAAGUAAGAUGAUGAACGUAUAUAUUGGAUACUGCAUAUUUGUUAUGUGUUGCCAGUUUAUUGCAGAAUCCUGAACUCCGUGAGGGCUGAAGGAAUUCGCCGCCAACAAGAAAGACAAAUGUUCAACGGUUGAGGCUCUUGUCUUUAUUCAUUGUAUUACCAAUGGGUGACUCAGGCCAAAUACUGUUUCAGCAUAUUAUCUGCUGACGCUUCUUUGAUGAAGUAGAAUAAGAAGAAGUAAUAGGACGACUUUUGGCAACCAGAGAUAUCUCGUCGUCUCAAACAUUGCCUGGGAGCAUCAAUCUGAGUUUUGGUCAACCAUGAACAUGAAUCAGGUUUCUGAGUAUGUAGAAACAGAUCCUACUGGUCGAUAUGGACGUUUUGAAGAAGUUCUUGGAAGGGGAGCGAUGAAGACGGUGUACAAAGCAAUCGACGAGAAGCUUGGAAUAGAAGUAGCGUGGAGCCAGGUGAAGCUAAAAGAGGUUCUCCGUUCCUCUGUUGAUCUACAGAGGCUCUACUCUGAGGUUCAUCUUCUCAGCACUCUCAACCACAAGUCCAUCAUUCGUUUCUACACUUCCUGGAUCGAUGUUGAUUCCCAUAAUCUCAACUUCAUCACCGAGUUGUUUACGUCUGGGACCCUCCGACAAUACAAAAAUAAGUACCUGCGGAUAGAUAUCCGAGCAAUCAAGUCUUGGGCUCGGCAGAUCUUGGAAGGGCUUGUUUAUCUCCACGAGCAUGACCCUCCUGUUAUCCAUAGAGACCUAAAGUGUGAUAAUAUCUUUGUUAAUGGGCAUCUUGGACAAGUAAAAAUUGGCGAUCUUGGUCUUGCAAGAAUGUUGCGGGACCGCCGCUCUGCCCAUAGUAUCCUUGGCACUCCCGAGUUCAUGGCUCCAGAAUUAUUUGAGGGAAACUACAACGAGCUCAUUGACGUUUAUUCCUUUGGUAUGUGUUUUUUGGAGAUGGUCACCUCUGAGUUCCCGUAUAGUGAGUGUAACAGUCCGGUGCACAUUUACAAGAAAGUUUCUUCGGGAAAGCUACCAAGCGCCUUUUAUAGAGUUGAAGACAUUGAGGCACAGAUUUUCAUCAGGAAAUGCCUCGUGCCUGCCUCACAGAGAGUGUCAGCAAGAGAACUUCUGCAAGAUCCAUUUCUCUCGUCUGACGAGUCCUGGAUGGUGUACGCGAGAGGGGCUGGGAAUCUGAAGCCCUUCUUGAAUGAGAAUGAAAUGGACAGACUGAAGUUGGAAGAUGAUGAGUUAGGAAGGACCCAGAUGACCAUCACUGGGAGGCUGAAGGCUGAAGAUAACACAAUCUUACUGGAAGUAAUAAUCGCAGAUGAAAAUGGUAUGGCAAAGAAAGUGGCUUUCCCCUUUGGCAUCAUGAAUGAUACUUCCAUUGAUGUUGCAAUGGAGAUGGUAAAAGAACUUGAGAUCACAGAUUGGGAUCCAGUAGAGAUUGCUGAAAUGAUUGAUGGAGAGAUCUCUUCUUUGGUGCCUGGUUGGAGGUACGAGGAAGGUGAUGAAACCCCUCAUGUUUAUCAUUCUUCGUCAUCCUCCCAAGCUUCAUUCUCUAACUACAUGACACGAGGCCGUCAAGAUUGGCUACAAGAUGAUCUUCACGAUGAGACGCAUUCUCAGAGUUCUUACAGUUCAGGGUCUUUGUCCAACCUCAACUACACAUAUGUUGAUGAGAACAGCUCCCAACCUCCUGCUGUGAAUAGAACUCAGAACGUAACGAGGUUUCGCCCCGAAGAAAGCUAUCAUGUACGUUCUGGGAAAGCCAACAUGCAUGCAGCUUCCAGUUCGAGUAACUUGAGACAGGCUUCAGACAACCGCACACUUCCAAGGAACCGCUCGCUUGCAGACGUGCAGGGCCAGUUACUGCAGCGGUCGCUGACGGAAGAGGCUAGAAUAAGAAGGUUGAUCAGAACUGUUGGAGACGUGGAAACAGUUGGGUUUCAGUCUCCUUAUGCGGUUUCCCGGAAGCCACCGAGUUUAAGGCGGUAGCUUCUCCCUUAGUUUGAAAAUAUACUCUAAAUUUGUAUUCAUGUAAUAUCUAUAGUGUAGUGUGUAAAAAACAAACUUGCUGCUUCAAUAAUAUAAAAGGUUACACGUGUGUUUGAUAAAGUUGCAUGCGCAUGG